AUGCCCAUUGGCAAUAUUUACGCCAUCGCCGGUGUCGCGGUGGUUGGUGGAGCCCUCUUUGGCUUCGAUAUCUCGUCCGUGUCUGCACAGCUCGGCGAGAACUCUUACAAGUGCUACUUCAACCAGGGACCCAAGGGUCCGCCCUUUACCGAUGAUGAUGAUUGCAGUGGCCCCAAGUCUCUGCACCAAGGUGGUAUCACGGCUAGUAUGGCUGCUGGCUCUUGGCUUGGUGCUUUGAUCUCGGGUCCGCUCAGUGAUCGUCUGGGUAGGAAGUAUUCUAUCAUGGUCGGCUGUCUUAUCUGGAUUGUUGGAUCAACCAUCUCUUGUGCUGCUCAGAACAUUGGCAUGCUGGUCGUCGGUCGUGUCAUCAACGGUCUCUCCGUCGGUAUCGAAUCUGCUCAGGUCCCCGUCUACAUCGCCGAGAUUUCUCCUCCCUCCAAGCGUGGUCGGUUCAUCGGUAUGCAACAAUGGGCCAUCACCUGGGGCAUCCUGAUCAUGUACUACAUCUCCUACGGCUGCUCCUUUAUCGGCGAGCAAAACUCACGCAACUACAACACUGCCUCUUGGCGUAUCCCCUGGGGUCUGCAGAUGGUCCCUGCCAUCUUCCUCUUCUUCAUGAUGAUGCUUCUCCCCGAGUCUCCUCGUUGGCUCGCCCGAAAGGAUCGAUGGGAAGACUGCCGUGCUGUGCUCACUCUUGUCCACGGCCAUGGCGACCCCAACCACCCCUUUGUGGCUCUCGAGUUGCAGGACAUUAAGGAUAUGUGUGCUUUUGAGGCCUCUAUCUCUGAUGUUACCUACCUUGAUCUCUUCAAGCCCCGUAUGAUCAACCGAACCAUGAUUGGACUGUUUACCCAGAUUUGGUCCCAGCUCACCGGCAUGAACGUCAUGAUGUACUACAUCUCCUACGUGUUCUCCAUGGCAGGCUACAGUGGUAACGCCAACUUGCUGGCCUCAUCCAUCCAGUACAUCAUCAACGUCCUCAUGACCGUUCCAGCCCUGAUCUGGAUGGAUCACUGGGGACGACGACCCACACUCCUAGCCGGCAGCGCUCUUAUGGGUGUUUGGAUGUUUGCCAACGCCGGCAUCUUGGGAGCCAAUGGUACUGUCUGGCCCGGCGGCAAGGACGGAGUGCCCGAGGUCUCGAUGACUGUGUCUGGCUCCGCUGCAAAGGGUCUUAUCGCCUGCACAUACCUAUUUGUCGCCUCUUUUGCUCCCACUUGGGGCCCCGCCUCUUGGACUUAUCCUCCUGAGCUGUUCCCUCUCCGACUCCGUGGCAAGGGUGUUGCCCUGGCUACUUCGGCUAACUGGGCUUUCAACACUGCUCUCGGUCUGUUCACUCCCGUCGCCUUUGAGAACAUUCGAUACAAGACCUACCUCAUCUUUGGUGUCUUCAACGUCGCCAUGUUCAUCCACGUCUUCUUCAUGUUCCCCGAGACUGCCGGCAAGACCCUUGAGGAGACCGAACACAUGUUCGAAGAUCCCGAUGGCAUUGCUUACCUCGGAACUCCCGCCUGGAAGACUCGCGUUGCGACCAGCCUCACGACCAAGGUCGAACAGGGUGACGUCGAGGCCAAGCUUGGCCACGAGCAUGAAGAAAACGAAACUGCUACCGAGAAAUAA